CGCAGUUGAAGCUAUAGUCUAGUUUUUGGAGUGUCAACUUCGAGUCCAGUUUUGAACUCAAUUCCAACCCUUUUCCCAUAGACUGGUGCCAGUUUAGAGAAACCAGUUUGCUACAAUGGGUUGGAUAUCUUCGGUCCUUGGUACCGGCAAGUCGUCAGACCCUCUUUCAAAACUCGAUCCAAGCCUUCGCGACUUUCUGGAGAAAGAAUCUCCCCUCAAAUACCCUUCGAACCAACCUACGAACCCUCCUCCAACAAAUCAGCAGCCCCGGGAUGCCAAUGCAGUGGCGACAAUUACAGAACAACAGAAGCCAGUCGUACCUUCAGCAAGCUUGUAUCAAGACGGUCGAUAUGCCCACCUCUGGAAGAACUACCAGCCGCUCGCCGAGAUUGAGGCAGAGACCGCAACCGAUCAUGAGAAGCUAAUGAGCGUCUUGGAGGCAUACAAGGAACGAAAAGAGGCCAUUGGCAAGGCAGCGUUGGAAAAUUGUGCUGAAUACCAAGAGGAGUGGGUGAAUUGCAUGAAGCAUGGAAGCUGGGAGGAUCAAAUACAGAUGUGUAGACAUCAAGUUCGAAAAUUCGAGAGGUGUUAUAUGAUGCAAUCACGUUUUCUGAGAGCGUUGGGCCAUGGGUCAGUGGUAGGCAGAUCGCCUGAGGUGGAAGAGGAUAUCCAAAUGCACGCCGACUCUCUUUAUCAGCGAAUGAUCAAGCACGAGGAGGCAGUCGAGAAGGCUAAGGCAGAAGGACUGCCCGUGCCGGUCUUCCAGACAACUUUGCCGAAAGCCAAGAAAGAUGCGGUCAUGCCCACUGAAGAACUUCAACAGCAAUGGAAGGAACAACUUGAUAAGCUACCAGUUGAUGAGCGUGCGGUUGAAGAGGCUGCUCUUCGUGCCGAUCUCCAGGCCAAGGCCGAGGUCGCCGGCAGCGUUCAGAAAAUUUGGGAUACACAGGCGGAGCAGAGGAAACAGCGGCAGGCAGAAGGAACAUCUACGUUUGGAGAUUACAUCGCAGCUUUGUUUGGGAAAUCUGGGAAAUAAAACGGCGGGCAGAGAAGCAUACUGUACAGUCAUGUAUAUUAUGAUGAGCAGACUAUUAGCAUAGCUCUCCAGGCUGCAUGCCCCUAUGUAAGACUACAUGAAUAAAUAAAUGUACCAAUGUUAUAAAUGCAAUAAUCGGU